AUGAAUAAACAUCCAUGUCAGUUUUAUACAGUGGAAGUAGGAGAUUCAACGUUUACUAUAUUAAAACGCUACACUAAUCUGCGACCUAUUGGUUCUGGUGCUCAAGGCAUUGUCUGUGCUGCCAAUGAUACAGAUACAGGUCAAAAUGUAGCCAUUAAAAAACUUAGUCGUCCCUUCCAGAACGUAACCCAUGCAAAAAGAGCAUACAGAGAAUUUGUGUUGAUGAAACUUGUUAACCACAAAAAUAUUAUAGGUUUAUUAAAUGCAUUCACUCCCCAGAAGUCAUUAGAAGAUUUUCAAGAUGUAUAUCUUGUUAUGGAAUUAAUGGAUGCCAAUUUAUGUCAAGUUAUACAGAUGGAUUUAGACCAUGAACGAAUGUCCUAUUUAUUAUAUCAAAUGUUAUGUGGUAUUAAACAUUUACAUAAUGCAGGCAUCAUUCAUAGGGACUUAAAACCAAGCAAUAUUGUAGUCAAGUCAGAUUGUACAUUAAAGAUUCUAGAUUUUGGUUUAGCUAGAACAGCUGGUACAGGGUUUAUGAUGACACCUUAUGUUGUAACAAGAUAUUACCGAGCGCCAGAAGUCAUAUUAGGAAUGGGUUAUCAAGCUAAUGUUGAUAUAUGGUCUGUAGGGUGUAUAAUGGCAGAAUUAAUUCGUGGUAAUGUAAUGUUUCCCGGUACAGAUCACAUUGAUCAGUGGAAUAAAAUUAUAGAACAAUUAGGAACACCAAGUCAAUCAUUCAUGCAGCGCUUACAACCUACUGUUAGAAAUUAUGUUGAGAAUAGACCUAAACAUAGUGGUUAUAAUUUUGAUAAACUUUUCCCCGAUGUAUUAUUUCCCCCUGAUAGUGCUGAACAUACUGGCCUUAGGGCUACCAUGGCGAGAGAAUUAUUAGGUAAAAUGUUAGUUAUUGAUCCAGAAAGAAGAAUCUCAGUUGAUGAUGCUUUGAAUCAUCCUUAUAUUAAUGUCUGGUUUGAUAAUGAAGAGGUCAAUGCUCCAGCACCAGGUCCUUAUGAUCAUUCUGUUGAUGAAAAAGAACAUUCAGUUGAAGAAUGGAAACGUUUAAUAUAUAAUGAAGUUAUGGAAUAUGAGAACAGAGAAAGACAGAGAGCUAUGCAAAAUCAUGCAGGUUGGUAA